AUGAUGUUUCUGCGCGCUGCUACCAUCUUGUGGAUUGUCUGUGGUCUUACCUCAGCAUAUGAGAAUGUUGCCCUCCGGGGUCGAGCCACUCAGUCCUCAAUCUACCGGAGCCUAGGUGAAGGUUAUCUGACCAAUGCCAUAAAUGCCAUAGAUGGGAACCAGGACUCGGCCUUCUCACACGGCUCCUGUUCAUGUACAAACAAAGACCCGUCUCCCUGGUGGAGGGUGGACCUGCUGAAACCUUAUAAAAUUGCCUACAUCACCAUCACCAAUAGAGGAGACUGCUGUGGUGAGAGACUGAGCGGAGCUGAAAUUCUCGUUGGAGACUCUCUGACCAACUACGGAAAUGACAAUCCCCGGUGUGCGACAGUGACCUCAAUUCCCACUGGAGGAACACAGACCUUUAGGUGUGACGGCAUUGUUGGUCGCUACGUCAAUAUCAUUUUACGAGGAAAAACCGAACACCUUCAGCUGUGUGAAGUUCAGGUCUUCGCAUUUUAUCAAUUGGCUAAGAAGCUGGGGGAGGAGCCGCUGAUCGGAGCGGCGCACUUCCACGUCCCACGGUGGAACGCAUCCGGCCCCCGAACCCGGAAGCGGAUGCGUGCGCUCCACUGUGGGACGCAGGAGGCCGGGUCCGAGAAGCGGCGGAAUCCCGCAACCCCCGAUCCCCUGCUGAGGGCCGACGACGGUUGCCGUUACACAGCUAUGUACACCGAGUGA